AUGAGUGCCGCGGGGCUGCUGGCCCCGGCCCCGGCCCCGGCUGGAGCGCCGCCGGCCCCGGAGUACUACCCGGACGACGACGAGGAGCCGGAGAGUGCGGAGGACGAUGAGCACAGCUGUCGGGGCCGCGAGUCGGACGAAGACACGGAGGAUGCUAGUGAAACGGACCUGGCAAAACAUGAUGAAGAAGACUACGUAGAAAUGAAAGAACAGAUGUAUCAGGACAAACUGGCGUCUCUCAAGAGACAGUUGCAGCAGCUACAGGAAGGUACGCUUCAGGAAUAUCAGAAGAGAAUGAAGAAACUAGACCAGCAGUACAAAGAGAGGGUCCGAAACGCAGAGCUCUUCCUCCAGCUGGAAACUGAACAAGUGGAGAGGAAUUACAUUAAAGAGAAGAAGGCCGCAGUGAAAGAAUUUGAGGACAAGAAGGUCGAGCUGAAAGAGAACCUGAUUGCUGAGUUGGAAGAAAAGAAAAAGAUGAUUGAAAAUGAGAAGCUCACAAUGGAGCUGACUGGAGAUUCCAUGGAAGUGAAACCCAUCAUGACCAGAAAGCUGCGGCGGCGACCCAAUGACCCUGUUCCCAUCCCCGACAAGAGAAGGAAGCCCGCUCCUGCUCAGCUAAACUAUUUGUUAACUGACGAACAGAUCAUGGAGGAUCUGAGAACCUUAAAUAAGCUUAAGUCACCCAAGAGACCAGCGUCCCCAUCCUCUCCUGAACACUUGCCUGCCACACCUGCAGAGUCUCCAGCCCAGAGAUUUGAAGCUCGGAUAGAAGACGGCAAACUCUACUAUGAUAAGAGAUGGUACCACAAGAGCCAAGCCAUCUACCUGGAGUCAAAGGACAACCAGAAACUGAGCUGUGUCAUUAGCUCCGUCGGAGCCAAUGAGAUCUGGGUGAGGAAGACCAGCGAUAGCACCAAGAUGAGGAUCUACCUGGGCCAGCUCCAGCGCGGACUCUUUGUGAUCCGCCGGCGGUCAGCGGCUUGACUUUCUACCGUGUUCUACCCUUGACCCUUUCUCUGGA